AUGCAAAAUACGACAAUUGUAUUUUAUAACAUUAUCAAUGACAAAGAAGAUAAAAAUUCACAAAAUGUUUUUUAUAUUUCUAAGCCAGCAAAUUUAAUAGCAUUAAGUGACAUUAAAAAUGAAUUUCCUUUGGUAGGGACUUAUCAUUUCAGAUUUAAAAUAACUCAAAACAACAAUACUGUAUGGGUUGACAUCACUGAUGAGGCUUCGAAUGUUCCCAGUUUUAAUUCGUGCAUAUAUAUGAAAGUUUUGAGAUUAAGUUGGAUAAACAAUAAAAAUGAUAAAGCGAAUUUAAAUAAUAAAAGUAUCAAUGAACGAAGUUUGGGAGCUUCUUAUGAAAAUGAUAAAACAAUCUUUGAAGAAAAAAAAACAAAUGUACAUGAGGUUAGUGAUAUUAGUAAAACCAAAGCAAACAUUGACAUGCUAUUAUUUGAAACAACACCGAAUAAGCCCAGUCAUGUAAAUUUAGAGGACAAGAAAGAAUAUACUAAGGAUCAAAAUUAUUUCGAUUUAAUGUUUAAUUAG